ACAGGGAGAGGACCGCAUCCCCAGGCGCAGUGAGCUGCCUUAAACAGACAAAUAUUUAUUCGAACAUUAUCAAUAUCGCUUGGUAUUUAGAUCAAAGAGAGGAACAACGCAAAUGAAUGUUUGGAACUGGAUUUGUCACCUCAAUUGGAAAUCAGAGUCUAUAAUCGGGAGGACAGAGGUUUCUGAGAGGCUGUAGACCAGACAUCGUCGGAGAAAGUGUAGACCAACAGGGCUUCAUCGCCAGGAUUUAGUAGCACCUAUUAAUUUAUUUCUCAAAACUGCAUUUGUUUCAAAGUCUUGGAAUCUGCACGGUUACUCGGUGCCAUAGACAACGUUGAAACAUUUUGUCUACUGGACAAAUUCAGAUUGAUUAGACUAAGUAGGCGAACCACUGACCUAUAUGCGUAAUUGCUUUGGGGAAUCAUUCGCAUCCAUCAAUUAUUUUGGAUUGAGAAUUCCGUUUUGUGACAAACCUUUUUUCGAGAUAUUCUCGGGGAAACGAGGAGAAGAAAAAACACGAUAGCGGAUAAUUUUACAGGCUAGUUUCGGAGGGCGAAAGGUUGAGUGUAAUAUGCGUUAGGUGAGACCACAGUUUAACGGGAGAGAUUGACACACAACACUCCUGGAUUUGCCAACCUGUUAUUUCUCGGGGUUUGAAUUCACCGUGAUUCAGCCCAGGAAACGAAACGCAUCAGUUACAAUAAUAUUGUUCAUUGACGGAAAGAGCAAUUAUCUUAACCAUUGGGUUUUCCAGUUUGGAAUCUGAUUCACUGUCUGAAAAUGUGCAUGACACUGGAAAGGGGAGAAUAAACUGUAUUGCAACAACGGGGGAUUUUGGGAUUUUGGAGAGCGGAAUGAAACCUUUCUGAUUUACCUCUGGACCGCAACGCUCUGAAGCAGACUACUCAUCGCCAGCUAACCUGCAUGGAAUUCUAAUUUGCACUACGAAACAAUUUAUGGUUGGCCUUGGUAUUCCCCCAGGUGUAGUUGUCUGCCCGCCCCCCCGCCAUGCUGGCCUGCCUGCAGAGGAGGCAGAACCCUCCAAUCCCAUCCUCCCAGCACCCCCUGUGUGCCAGCAAGGCCCUGGAGCCGCCUCAAGCCCUCAGCCGAAAAUGUGAGCUGGUGGUUCCCAUGCAUUCUCCUCGCUACCCCAGCGUGGCUGAGCUGGAUGCCUAUGCCCAGAAGAUGCAGAGCAGCCCGCUGUCCAUCAAGAUCUUCCCCACCAACAUCAGGGUCCCCCAGCACAAGCACCUUAACCGGACUGUGAACGGCUUUGACACCACAGGUAGCCAGCGCUACAGCCCCUACCCACACCUCCACACUGGAGGCUACACAGGCCUCCUGGCCAUUGUCAAGACCACUUCCUCCUCCUCUUCCUCCCCCUUCGCCCCCACUAAGGGCAUCAUCAAGAACUUGGAAGGCAGACGGACUAAGCUCUCCUCAGCCCAAAUAGCUGUGGCCCCGUACCCACCCCCUAGCAGUAGCACUUUAGCCAAUGGCCACGGCCAGAUGUUGUACCACACUGGGCCCUCGAAGCCCCCUGAAGCCCCUGCCCUCUCCCGCUCGGUGCCCCCUAACGUCACUGUGGCCGGCUCUAUGAUCCCCGUGACAGGGGGGCGAGGCCUGGCCCAGCCCCUCUCCCAGUCCAAUCUUCCCUCCAUCCAGAGUAUCAUCUAUCAGAUAAACCAGCACUGCCAGGCCCAGGCUCUGCAGCAGGUGUGCCAGGGGGCCACCUCCUCCACCGCACCCUCCACCAACCCCAGCCCCUCCAAGCAGGGUGCGGGGGGUGUCAUGGGGAUCUCCUCCGCAUCCUCAGGGGGCGGCUAUGUGGGCGGCAUGGCGCCCCAGCCUAACCUGGUGUACACAGGGGCGGGGCUGCCGCUGGCGGCCCACAGUGGCGAGGCCAUGAAGGCCGGGGUGUACUCGGACAGUAUGGACUACAUCCUGUGGCAGAAACAACAGCCGCAACAACAACAACAGCAGCAGGCUGUGCUUCGCAUGUACAGCGGGGGCAGCGGGGGAGGAGGGGCCAUCAGUAAGUCCCCUGAAAGCUGUGGUGCCCCGGGGGGAGGGGGGAUUAUGGCUCAGGCCCAGGUGUUGUCGUCGUCGUCCUCCAGACCCUACCACCUGACGGGGGGCGUUGGCAGCGGAGGGGGCGCUGGUUGCCUGGACAAGGUCAGCUCCUCCCCUCUGAACUGCAUGGGGAUGCAUGGCAACUUCUCUGUGGGCCAGUACUUUGCCCCGCCCUGGAACAGUGUGCUGGUCACCCCUGACAGUGACUGUUACAACCCCCACCAGGAGCUCCUGAGGACCACCACAGGAGGGCCAGCUACGGGGGGCCACAGGGAGAUGGGCUACCCCCACCACCACCACCCCCACCAUCACCACCACCAUCACCAUUACCCCGCCAUAGACAGCGGGAGCGGGGGAGGCCUGUGCUGCAGCCUGCCCAGUAAGAGCCAGCUGUGCAACACGUCGGUGCUGAGCAGCAGCCUGCAGUCUCUGGAGUACCUGGUCAACGACAUCCAUCCGCCCUGCAUCAAAGAGCAGAUGCUGGGAAAAGGCUACGAGACUGUGUCGGUGCCGCGGCUGUUGGACCACCAGCAUGCCCACAUCCGCCUCCCGGUUUACAGAUAGAGCGGGGGAGGAGAGGGCGAGUGCCAGGGCUCAAUAAUUAAUUAAUGAUGUGAAAUCUCAAAGGUGAGGGACAGAAGAGAAGAUCUUGAUUUCCUGGGGAUGUACAAGUCUGUUGAGACUGGCACUGCUUGAAGCAGCUCGGGGACUCCAGGGAGGGAAGCGAUGGUGUUAGACUGGAUCCUGUGUUGGAUGACAGGCUGGGGGGGUUUCUCCCUCCCAGCCAAGAGUGGUUAUUUAUCAGUAGGGGAUAAAAGGGAUUUCAGUGGUUUUGGUUAUUGCCCGGAUAGAAGAUUCUCCAGAUGUUCCGUUGUUUGGUUUGCCAACAGGAAUUUGUGUUUGAUUUUUUUUUGUUGUCUUUUUCUUUUCUUGUUUUGUUGUUAAGUUGACAAAACUUUUUGGUGAGAAUCAUAGCUUGAUAUGAAGUGCAUACAGCCACCUCUGUUGUUCCCCCAUCCAAAUACAAAGCCAGUGGGGUGCGGUAGUCACAUAGAAGGACCCAAAGGGCCAAGGUGUAGGGCUGCUUUCUAAACUCCAAAAGAAAUACGCACACACAUACAAACACACACAUACAUUUGCAUAAACACGCAUGCACACAAAAACGCAUACACACCAGUACGC